AUGCCUACAUCCUCUCCGUUCGAUACCACUAAUGCUUCAUCGUAUCAUCAUCAGGAUACUUUAACGAACGGGAAUUAUCAUCAAGAUGAUGAACAUUCAUCAUUGCUUGGAGGCAAUCAUCAUGGAUUUGCCUCAACAUCGGAAGAGCGAGGUUCUAUAAAUUAUUAUGGUCAGCAGGAAGUUCAACAAAUGACUCCGGAAGCAACUCAAUCAUCAUUCCUGCAAUGGAAUUUGAAAAAUUCUGAGGGUACUUUUUGUGAAAUGCAAGAACGUGAAAUGUUAAAAGAGCAUGAACAAGCUCUAGCUGAAUGGGAGCUAGAACAAAAGAACAAGACCUUUUACCAGCGAUGGUGCCCCAGUUUUGAUUUUAUGACCUCUUGCUUCAGGGGUUGUAGAGGAAGUGACGAAAAUCCUAUUGUUGACGACGGUACGGCGGAGCUGCAUGUGCAAAGAACGGACGCUAGACCUCAAAUUGUGCCAGAGUCAUUGAAACCAAAGAAGGAACACAAAUUAGGAGAGUUAUUUGCUACAGCAAUUUGUGGUAACGAUAUUACAAGCUCUUGCUUGUAUGUUAUUGGUGUCUGUAUCAGUUAUGCUGGAAUUUGGGCACCUAUUUGCCUCCUAAUGGUGAGCUUUUUACUGUUUUUGUUUCGGUCUAUUUAUGCUGAAGUGGGUUCUGCAAUUACUUUGAAUGGGGCUAGUUAUACCUUGCUUCUUAAUACCACAUCAAAGAAAACUGCUUCCUUAGCAGCAUGCUUGACAAUCAUCUCGUAUAUUGCAACAGCGGUGGUUUCUGGAACAUCAGCCAUUGAAUAUUUGAAAAACAUUCCAUACUGUGAACACAUUCCUCUCAUACCAUCCACUGUUAUUUUACUUGGUAUUUUUGCGUUUUUGAAUCUUAUUGGAAUUUCUGAAAGUGCUUUUGCUGCUGCCAUUAUUUUUGUUUUCCACAUUGCUUCUCUGUCAAUAUUAACUGUAUAUGGAUUUUUAUAUGUUUCAGCCACUAAUAGUUUUGAAAUGCUUCAGAGAAACUGGCAAUUAAGUAGUGCAUCAUUCUCUGCAUUGGGAAUAGUCAAAUCAAUUUUCUUUGGUUUCGGAGCUGCCAUGUUAGGUGUGACAGGAUUUGAAAGCAGUGCCAAUUUUAUUGAACAACAAAAACCAGGAGUAUUUCCAAAAACAUUACGAAAUAUGUGGACAUUGGUAUCAUUUUUCAACCCAGUUCUUUGCUUUAUUUCUCUAUGUGCUCUUCCUCUUUCUCAACUAACUGAUCCUAAACAAAAUGCUAGCUUGCUUUCUCAAGUUGGUAGAGCUUCUGCUGGACCUUGGCUUCAAAUUUUGCUUUCUUUUGACGCUGCUUUGGUUCUUAGCGGUGGUGUUUUGACAGCCUAUGUUGGUAUUGUUGGGUUGGUUCGUCAAAUGUCUAUGGACAGAGCUCUUCCUGCAUUUUUCCUCCAGGUUAACUCAUUCCGAAAAACGAACCACUUCAUUAUUAUACUUUUCUUUGUGCUUUGUGCCUCCAUGGUUACCAUUUUGAAUGGUGACAUUGAUGCUCUUUCAGGAGUAUAUACUAUCGCUUUCCUUUCCGUAAUGAUGCUUUUUGCAAUGGGUGACUUUUUACUCAAAUACAAGAGAGGUCAGAUUAAGAGAGACAGAAGAGCAAAAAAAUCAGUGAUUGUAAUUGCUAUCAUUGGUGUUGGAACUGCUUUAUUAGCAAAUAUUUUAGAAAAUCCAGAAUAUUUGAAAUAUUUCUUUAUUUAUUAUGCAAUUUGUGCUGUCACAGUUUUAGCAAUGUUUUGGAGAGUGAAAAUUAUGAAAUUCAUUAUUUAUCUUGUCUACUCCAAACUCAAAGAGUGGAACAUUGCCAAAUCAGUGACCAACAGGAUUCUCAAAUUCUUGGUUAGACAGGCCAAGGACGUAAAUAGCCAAUCCUUCAUUUAUUUUGCCAAGAACGAUGCAAUCUCCAUGUUGAACAAGGCGGUUCUCUACGUUCGUGAAAAUGAAUUGACAGAUUGGAUCAAAAUUGUGCAUGUGUACAAAACUGCCAAGAGUGAAGAAGAACACAUCGAACAACAGAAACUUAUCAGUCGAUUGAAAAAUGACUGUAAAACCUUGGACGAAAUUUAUCCAAGAAUGAGAAUAGAUUUUGUCGCCAUUGAAAGUGAAAAGGGUUUUGGCCCUGACAUUAUCAGAUUGAUUGAAAGUCGAUUUGGUAUUCGAAAGAAUUUAAUGUUCAUUUCCUGUCCUUCCGUAAAAUUCAAGGUCAGCGACCUUGGAGGAGUUCGUAUCAUUACCAACGAUCACCAAAACUGA